GAGGGGGGUGUGUUUCGCGUAGUGGCCCAGCAGGCGCAGAGAAGCUGAGGGGAGCGGGACAUGUCGAGGGUUUAUAUUGGGAGGCUCAGCUACCAGGCACGGGAGAGGGACGUCGAGAGGUUCUUCAAGGGCUACGGGAAGAUACUCGAGGUCGACCUCAAGAACGGGUAUGGGUUUGUUGAGUUUGAUGACCCGCGGGAUGCGGACGAUGCUGUCUAUGAACUGAAUGGCAAAGUCCUCUGUGGGGAGAGGGUCAUUGUGGAACAUGCAAGAGGUCCCCGUCGCGAUGGAAGCUACAGCUCCGGACGCAGUGGAUAUGGUUAUAGACGAAGUGGGAGAGACAAGUAUGGGCCUCCGACUCGUACAGAAUACAGGCUGGUUGUAGAGAAUCUGUCCAGCCGUUGCAGUUGGCAGGAUCUAAAGGAUUAUAUGCGUCAAGCAGGGGAGGUCACGUAUGCCGAUGCGCACAAAGGAAGAAAGAACGAAGGCGUCAUUGAGUUCAAGUCUUACUCUGACAUGAAGCGCGCUCUGGAGAAGCUGGACGGCACAGAGGUGAACGGCAGGAAGAUCCGCCUGGUUGAAGACAGGCCUGGCUCACGCCGCCGUCGCUCCUACUCCAGGAGUCGCAGCCGCUCCAGGUCUUACUCCAGAAGCAGGCGUUCACGUAAGAGCCACAGCACCAGCAGCCAGAGUAGUCGCUCGAAGAGCAGGUCCAAGAACCAAUCUCAUUCCAGGUCCGCUUCUCAUUCGGCGAGCAGGAGCAAGAGCCGCAGCCCGAGCAAAAAGAAAGAGAAAAGCCGGAGCCACAGCAGGAGCAGAGGAGGCAGCAACAACAACAGAGAGAGUACAUACGAGAAGGGGAGAAGCAGGAGCAAAGACCGGAACGGAGGCCAGAGGGCCAGCAGGAGUCAGAGCAAAGAGGAGAGGAGCAGCAGGAAGAGGAGCCGGGAUGAGAGCUGCAGCAGGAGCAAAAAACAGAGCAGGGGGGACAGCAAGAGCAGCAGCAGCAAGCAGGACAAGAAGGGAGGAGACAAAGACUAUUCCAGAUCCAGGUCCAGGUCGGAGUCUGAAGACAAGGAGUGCUCCAGGAAGUCACAGAGCGAGUCCAAGAAUGGUGAGGUGGGAGCUGGUGACAACCACAGGUCUCGCUCCAGCUCAAAGUCAAGGUCCAAGCCCAAGGGCAAAUCCACAUCCCGAUCUAGAUCCAGGUCUGCUUCUAAAGCCAGAUCUAAAUCCAGGUCUCGUUCUAGGUCAGCUGCUAGAUCUGCAUCACGUUCCAGGUCAAGGUCUCUCUCCCCAUCUUAAUUAUUAUUGUUUGGUUUUUUUACCUUGCCUUUAUCGCUGUGAAAACAUUUCAAUUAAUGUUUUGUUAGAAGUGGCACAAAUGAUUAUGUGUAUUACACACAGAUCCGCACACAAAUUCACACGUGUGUUUUUUUUUUUUUUUUUUUUUGUACUAUGUCUCAUGUAUGUAGUGUCAGCUGUUUGAUAAUUAAUGGAGUGAUGUGUAUCACUCCAUUAAAGACAAUACCUUAUGAAGGUAGUUUGGAUGUAUCUUUUUUUUUAAUGCUUUUUGUUUUGUUUUUUUGUUUUUUUUUAAUGUCUACCAUGUAGUGAAAUGAUGUAGUCUUAAGUUGUAAUUUCAUCCUUGUAGAUUUGUGUUUUCAAUUAUGAAAUAAAUAUAAAGAGAAAUGUAGAGCAAACUUGCAUAGUAACACACAAGAUUGUUGCUGUAUAAGCAGUCUGCAGUUUCUUUAAAAAGAGAGCUCUGUAGGAGAGUGAUUUAACCUGCAUCUUUGCCCCAUUAAAAAUAUAUAGUUUUUCUUUAUUAUAUAUAUAUAUAUAAUUUGUUUUCUUUGCAUGCUGAUAGCGCCACCUUCUUUUACCUAUGUUUUUUCAGAAGAUUAGAAAGUUUCCAUGCAUGCGAGUUGCUGACUGUACUGAAAUAUUAUAUAUAGUAUUGCAUACAGAAUUACAUGUGUAUACAGCUUUCAUAAGUUUGUAUUACAAUGUGUUAUACAUAGUAAACUAUAUUAUGUUAGUUUAUUAAUUAACAUUAUUGUAAUCAAUGCAAUAUCUAGAUGAUUUGCUUUAUAUUAUGUUCUACAACAAAGCUGUUGUGUGUCAGCAUUUCUUUUGUGUUUUAAUGCUUUGCGAUUAUAAUUUUUUUGGUUAACUCCUUAUAAAAGUAAAUUCGUCUUUCUGUCCCAAUAUUUGCUCUGUACCUUUAAGGUGAUGUUGAAGGGUUUCACUGCUGAAUUAAAAAUAUAUGUGCUUGCAAA